AUGCCACGAAUGGAUAAUCAUAUUGUAGAAACUGUUCAAGAUAAUUUUGAAGAAGAAUCAUCACAACUGGAACAUCUAAUUGACAAAUUACCAUUUGACGAUCCUAUUAUGGCAAUUGAUUAUAUUACGAUUGACAAUGAAGUGGUUGAAGAAGAAACAGUAAUGGAAGAUGAAGAAAUCAUAGCUACAGUCACAUUGACAUCUAACAAUGCUCUAAUUCAAUAUAAACUUCGACCAGCACCUAUAAACAAAAUUCCACCUGAAAAUAAAUCAAAAAUAAAAUGUUACUAUUUCUUAAAUAAAACUUCUAGAUCAUUUGCUGCUGUAAUUCAAGAAUUGGAUGAUGAGUUAAGAGAUGCUAUUUGUUUAUUUUAUCUUGCUUUACGUGGUCUUGACACAAUUGAAGAUGAUAUGACAAUACCUAUUACAAAGAAAGAGCCUUUACUAAGAAACUUUCAUGAAAUUCUUUUCCAAAGAGGAUGGAAUUUUACUGAAAAUGGGCCUAAUGAGAAAGAUCGUGAAUUAUUGGUAGAAUAUGAUGUUUUUAUUGAAGAAUUUUUGAAAUUGGAUAAAAAAUUUCAAGAUAUUAUUUCAGAUAUUACCAAAAAAAUGGGUAAUGGAAUGGCUGAUUAUGCAAAAAACGCAGCACAUGAACAAUAUGGAGUUAUGAGUAUUAAAGAUUUUGAUUUAUAUUGUCACUAUGUGGCUGGAUUGGUUGGAUUGGGUCUUAAUGGUUUGUUUGUUGCAAGUGGUUUAGAAAGUCCUGAAUUAGCAAAAAAUAGUGAUCUUGCAAAUAUAAUGGGACUUUUUUUACAAAAAGUAAAUAUCACCCGUGACUAUCUAGAUGAUCUUCUUGAGAAUAGAAAAUUCUGGCCUAAAGAAAUCUGGUCACAAUAUGUUAAUGAUUUAUCAGAUCUUAAAGAACCUGGAUAUGAAACAAGGGCUAUAAACUGUUUAUCCACCAUGAUUCAUAAUUCUCUUGAACAUGUACCACAAUGUCUAACUUAUAUGAGCCAGAUUAAAAAUCAAAGUGUCUUCACAUUUUGUGCCAUCCCACAAGUAAUGGCUAUUGCAACUUUGGCUUUGUUAUUUAGAAAUUAUAAUGUUUAUAAAGGUGUAGUUAAAAUUCGUAAAGCCACAAAUAUUUAUGAAGUAGCAAAUAUUUUUAUAGAAUUUACAAAGGUAAUUAUUCAAAAGAAUAAUUCAAAAGAUCCAAAUUUUAUGAAGAUUAGUGUUGCCUGUAGUCAGAUUAAACAAUGGUGUCAUACUAAUCUACCAGAUUUGGAUAAAUAUAAUUCUGGUACAUUAUCAUCCCAAUUGAAACCUAAAGAUUCACAAAAUGAUAAUGAUUUAUUGAUUUUUUUUAGUUUUUUAUUACUAGCAUUUACUGCUUAUUUAUUAUAUUAUUGUAAGGAAUAUUUUUAUUAUGAUGGAUUAGAAAUUUUAGAUUUAUUCUAUUCAUCAUAA